GAAGCGAUCUUGAAUCUGUAUGCUCGCUUGCACGAACAGGGUAUCCUCCACGGCGAUGUUCAAAUGCGUCAUUGGCGCCGUCGCUUCGAAGACUAUUCUGACUCGUCCGCAAUCAGGCUCAUUGAUUUUGACAGGGCGAUCCUCCGUUCUUCAGUGUCUGACGAAACAUGGAAUAAGUACAAGAAGAGGGAACAGACGACUCUCAAGGGUAUACUUUCCAGUUACGAUUAUCGACGUCGUUUCCCACCUCUUCCCUUGUCUGGGGUUUCAGACGUGGACGACUCUAGGUGCAUGACAGAGGCUGUGUACCCACUCGGAUACGUGAGGGGCCAGGUGCCGGUGCUUGACGAUAUCCCCGUCUUUGACCCGCUUGGUUAUGGCAGCUAUCAUGAACGAAACUAGGUGGACUGUGCUCACUCCAUUAGCCAGCCAACGGACACUGCGGUGCGUAUCUACUAUUGGAAGACCCAUCAUCCCUUACCUACUUGUCUGCCAUUGACGUGUCAUUGGCUUGCGGGAUUUUGGUUUUAGUGCCAGAGGGUGUAGAACAGAUAUGAAUAUAGAUGUUGCA